AUCUGAAACAUGAGCGAGUUGUAAAUAGUUCCAGGUUCUGGAUAUUGAUUUUCUCGGUUUACGUCCACUUCUGCGUCCCGCAUUACUGCACCAAAUCCCCGAUCGAAUACAGGCCCCUCCGUAAUGACGGUCUUUAAGGUUACAAAGUGUCCCACUGACGAGUUAUCCCUUACCAAUUGUGCUAUUUUAAAUGAUGGUGACUUUUCUGGGGUCAAGCAUAUUCGUAUUAACACUGGCGGAGGAAGGUAUUAUGUUUUCUCCACCAAGUCACAUCCGGGGGUGCCAAGGGGUCACAUAGGGUUCAGUUUGCCGCAAAGGAAAUGGGCUGUGUUAUCCUUAAAUCAGGAAAUUGAGGUGGAACCUUACGCCCCUGAGGAUUAUUUGUCUUCUAUUGUGCUGGAGGUGGACUAUAUGCAAAAAAAAACGCAAUCCCAAGAGCCUUAUAAUACCGAUGAGAUGGCCAUGGAGUUUGUUAUGUCUUUUCCUAAUCAAAUGUUCACCGUUGAUCAACAGCUUGCUUUUGCCUUCAAAGAUAAAAAGUUGCUUAUUGUUGUGGUUAAAGAGCUUGAAGCGGCCAAUUUGGCAGCACUAAAGGAAGGACGGGAUGCCAAGCCUAAAAAGGCCAGAAUGGGCCAACUGAUGCCCAAUACUACUGUGCAGUUUGAAAAAGCUGAAGGGUCCGGCUUGAACUUAGUGGGGAAAUCCAAGGGGUUACAAGUGAGACAAUCGUUAAUCAAUCCGGACUGGGACUUCCAAAAAAUGGGCAUAGGAGGCCUGAGUAACGAGUUCAACGCGAUUUUCCGAAGGGCUUUUGCGUCCCGGGUGUUUCCUCCUGAACUGGUCGAGCAGCUGGGGUGUAAACACGUUAAAGGUAUUUUACUGUUUGGGCCCCCUGGUACCGGCAAAACCUUGAUGGCGAGACAAAUAGGGCAAAUGCUAAACGCUAGAGAACCGAAAAUCGUCAACGGGCCCCAAAUUUUGGACAAAUACGUGGGGGAGUCGGAGGCUAAUGUGCGCCGUCUGUUUGCCGAAGCGGAGGAGGAGGAAAAACGGGCCGGACCCAACAGUGGUCUCCACAUAAUAAUCUUCGACGAAAUCGACGCUAUUUGUAAGCAAAGAGGCUCUGUGGCUGGGAAUACCGGGGUGCACGACACGGUGGUCAAUCAACUGUUGUCGAAAAUCGAUGGGGUGGAGCAACUGAACAACAUUUUGGUUAUCGGAAUGACAAACAGACGGGACAUGAUCGACGAGGCCCUAUUGAGACCGGGACGUCUGGAGGUGCAGGUGGAAAUCAGUUUGCCGGACGAGGAGGGACGCGUGCAGAUCCUAAACAUUCACACCUCGCGCAUGCGCCAAUACAAAAAGAUCAGCGACGACGUGGACAUUCGGGAGUUGGCAACGUUGACGAAGAACUUCUCCGGUGCCGAAUUGGAGGGUUUGGUACGGGCCGCCCAGUCUACCGCGAUGAAUCGCUUAAUCAAGGCGGCCAAUAAGGUGGAAGUCGACCCGGAAGCGAUGGAGAAACUGCUGGUCACCAACGCGGAUUUUAUGCACGCCUUGGCCAACGAUAUUAAGCCGGCAUUUGGAACGGCCGAGGAAAUCCUGAACCAUUGCCUGAACAGGGGCAUCAUAAACUGGGGUUCCCCCGUUACGCACAUCCUGGAAGACGGCAAUUUAUUGGCGCAACAGGCCAAAGGAACCGACGGUUCAGGUUUGGUGUCGGUACUGAUCGAAGGGCCGCCCAACUCCGGUAAAACCGCUCUGGCCGCUCAAAUAGCGAAAAACUCCGAUUUUCCGUUCGUCAAGAUCUGCUCGCCGGAGGAAAUGGUCGGCUAUACCGAAACCGCCAAGUGCUUAAGCAUCCGAAAGGUGUUCGAUGACGCCUACAGGUCCACCCUCAGUUGCAUUUUAGUCGAUAACAUCGAACGUUUAUUGGAUUACGGCCCGAUUGGACCGAGAUACUCGAAUUUAACGUUGCAAGCGCUGUUGGUGCUGUUGAAAAAGGAGCCACCGCCGGGCAAGAAAUUGUUGGUACUGUGCACCAGCAGCAGAAGGCAAGUGCUGGAAGAUAUGGAAAUGUUAUCGGCGUUCACGACGGUGUUGCACGUGCCCAACCUCUCCAAGCCGGAGCAUUUGCUGAACGUUCUGGAAGCUUCCGAGGUGUUCAACAAUAACGAACUAAAACAGAUCACGCGACAAGUCCAUGGAAAAAGGCUGUUCAUCGGUAUCAAGAAGCUGCUGGCUUUGAUCGAUAUGGCGCGACAAACCGACGAGCGACAUCGCGUCAUUAAGUUAAUUUCGAAACUGGAAGAAGAUGGCGCCCUGGAGGAUCCCGGGAUGGCCUAAGGUUUUUUUUUUCUUGUUUUGAAAUACUAGCCACGCUUGUUUAGGUACUUAGCAAUAUUAUCGUUAAUAGUCAAUUAAAGGUUAAGUAACAAAAAUUAAAUAAAGAGGGUUUAUAUGUAACUAAAAAUAUUGUUAAAUAAUCAUUCCAUUAGUAUUAUAUCUGUUAUUGACUAUAAGAGAUAUAGUUUUGUCAAGUUAGCACGUAAUUCGCUCCAUAAACGUCUCGUAGUUCGGUAAAAUACACUUAACUUACUAAGUUUGUGAUCGUUUAGCUAUAAACGAAUAUAAUUGUAUUAUAAAUUAUUAUGUAAAGGCUAUUAUUAAUUUAUUUAUUUGUGUGUUAAUACUUUAUUUGCAUUUAAUGAAUGGCGAGAUUAUUGUAUAUUUGUUAAACGGUACUGUUAUGAAGCUGUAAAGUUUUAAAGUAAUUAAACAUGAUUAUGUCAGGA